GUUCCCGUGUCCUCUGGAGAGGAUUCUCCAAGGCGUCUCACCGGAUGGGCCAGCUCAGAAACGCCAAGAUCCACGUGGAGAGAGCCGUCAAGCAGAAGAAAAUCUUUAUGAUUCAAGGCCGCUACCCAGUGAUCCGGUACCUCCUGCGCCAGAGGGGCUGGGUGGAGAAGAAGAUGGUCCACCAUCCAGGCAUCACCCUGCCAUCACCGCAGAGGGCUUUGGUUAGCUCCGUAAUGGGUGAUAGUGACACCACAGAGGAUGAGGAUGAAGAUGAGGAUGAGGCAUUCCAGCCACCACAGCUGUUCAACUUUGAUGUUGACCUAGAUGGGACACAUGCUCUGAUGUCCCGCAUGGUUCGGCAUGCGAUCCCCUACUUCAUCUGGACCACUCGGCGGGAUGUGCUGGACUGUCGUUUCCUUUCCAAGGAUCAGAUGAUAAACCACUAUGCCCGGGCAGGCUCCUUUACCACAAAGGUGGGUCUGUGUCUCAAUCUCCGGAAUUUGCCGUGGUUUGAUGAGGCUGAUGCUGACUCGUUCUUCCCGCGCUGCUACCGCCUGGGGGCUGAGGAUGACAAGAAGGCCUUCAUAGAGGACUUCUGGCUGACAGCUGCCCGCAACGUUCUCAAGCUGGUGGUAAAGUCUGAAUGGAAGUCAUACUCUAUCCAGGCAGAAGAGGAAGAGAUCCCAGGAGACAAGCAGCCGAAGAAACAGGAGAAAAAGUCAGUGGCAGUAUCCCCAGAGUUUGUGGAUCAGGCUCUGUGUGCCUGUAAGGAGCACCUUAGCAACCUGGCCCACAUGGACAUCGACAAGCAACUAGAGGCCCCACUGUACCUCAGCCCUGAGGGCUGGUCCCUCUUCCUCCAGCGCUACUACCAAGUGAUCCAUGAGGGGGCAGAACUCAGGCACCUCGACACUCAGGUUCAGCGUUGUGAGGACAUCCUGCAGCAGCUGCGGGCUGUGGUGCCCCAGAUAGACAUGGAAGGAGAUCGCAACGUCUGGAUCGUGAAACCGGGAGCCAAGUCCCGUGGACGAGGCAUCAUGUGCAUGGACCACCUGGAAGAGAUGCUGAAGCUGGUGGAUGGCAACCUCAUGAUGAUGAAGGACAGCAAGUGGGUGGUGCAAAAGUAUAUUGAACAGCCCCUGCUCAUCUUUGGCACCAAGUUUGACCUGAGACAGUGGUUCUUGGUGACUGACUGGAACCCACUUACCGUGUGGUUCUACCGUGACAGCUAUAUCCGUUUCUCCACUCAGCCCUUCUCUCUGAAAAACCUGGACAACUCGGUGCACCUGUGCAACAACUCCAUCCAGAAGCACCUGGAGAAUUCAUGUCAUCGGCACCCGUUGCUGCCCUCCAACAACAUGUGGUCAAGUCAGAAAUUCCAGGCCCACCUGCAGGAGAUGGGGGCCCCAAACGCUUGGUCCACCGUCAUUGUGCCUGGCAUGAAAGCUGCCGUGAUCCAUGCCCUGCAGACCUCCCAAGACACUGUACAAUGUCGGAAGGCCAGCUUUGAGCUCUAUGGUGCUGACUUUGUGUUUGGUGAGGAUUUCCAGCCCUGGCUGAUUGAGAUCAAUGCCAGCCCCACCAUGGCACCCUCCACGGCUGUUACUGCCCGGCUCUGUGCUGGUGUGCAAGCUGACACCCUGCGUGUGGUCAUUGACCGGAGGCUGGACCGCAGCUGUGACACAGGAGCCUUUGAGCUCAUCUACAAGCAGCCUGCCGUGGAGGUGCCCCAGUAUGUGGGUAUCCGGCUCCAGGUAGAGGGCUCCACCAUCAAGAAGCCCAUGGCAAUGUGUCACCAGCGGAUGGGGGCCUGCCCAACACUCCCUCACCUCCUGAUCCAGCGAGGCUCUAGGGAAGCCUCUUACCACUUCCCAGGCCUCCACACCAAGGCUCAGCUGCCUCCUCCCCACACACUCCGACCCCAGGGGCAGGUCCUUAGACUGCAGCACAGCAAGCUGGUGGGCUCUAAGGCCCUGUCGACCACAGCCAAGGCCUCGAUGACUCUACCUACUGCCAAAGUUUUGAUUUCCCUUCCAAAUAACCCUGAGCUCAAGUUGGCAACCAACAUCCUGAAACCAAGAAAGGUGGGUCUUGAACUCACCUUCGUGGUCCCUAUCCUGAAAGUGCCUUGUGUCAUCUGCCCCUUGAAGUUGGAACUCCUCCUGGCACCCACAGGAAGAUCAAGGCCAAAGGCAAGUUCAAGGCCAGAGUGUGCCAAACCCAAGGCUGAGACAUGCCUCAUGAAGACGCUGAGCCUUCCAGGGCCCCUGGCCUUUACUGAUGCAUACAGGGGGCUGGGGGGCAUAGGGGAUGUGAGGCAAGAGAAGCCCUUGCUUCGAUUCACUGCCCCUGUCCUGGGUGAUGCUGCAGAUAAAAAGGAGCAAGUGAAGUAUUCUGGGCUUGGCUUCAUUUCUCUUGGAGGCUGAAGGGAAGGGGGCAGUACCCCAACGUUCAGAACAGUAGGUAAAGGCCAUCAGCAGCUCCUCUACAUGCGAAGCCCAGAAUUACCACUUAGUGGCAGACAUGGGGCUUCCCAUUGAGGGACUCCCCUGGCAUCUCUAUCUUUGGGUUGGGGUAUAAUCCUCACUUUAUAGAUGAGGAAAGUCUGAACAAGAAGUGGCUUGCCCAAGAUCACGUGGCAGUGAGGAGGAACCUGGGACACAACCAGCACUGCUGACCACUGAGAGUCCCUCCCAGUCCCCAAGCCCAGAGGAAGAGCUGAGCUGGCAGCAGGAUGACAUCUAGUGGGCACUGCAUUUAUAAUAUGAGACACAAGGGGAAGGUGGACCUUGCCUAACCCCACCCCUACUCCGGAGGGAGGGAGUCUGUCCCUUCUUCAGCAAGGGGCCAAGGUCACCUAGAAAGAAUAUCUAACAAGCCACAGCCAUUUGCAAGUUUGGUAUGGAUUGUAAUAAAUUGAAUGGUAGCCCCCCACCUACCACCACCACCAAAAGAUGUCUCUUUGGAACCUGUAGAUAUGACUUUAUUUGGAAAAAGGGUCAUCCUAGAUGUUACUAGUUCAAGAUCCUGAGAUCACCAAGAUCAUCUAGCUAGGCUCUAAAUCCAAUGACAAAUGUCCCUUGUAAAAGUCAGAAGGGAAGACACAUGAGAAGACCAUGUGAAGAUGGAGGCAGAGACUGGUGUGGUUUAUCCACAUGUCAAGGGAUGUCUGGAGCCAUGAGAGAAACUGGAAGAGGCAGGGCAGGAUUCUCCCCUAGAGCUCUCACACCUUGGUUUCACACAUCUGCUCUCUGGAACUAUAAUAGAAUCGGUUUCUGUGGUUUUAAACUA